AUGAAAGUAUUGUUAGUGUUUCUAUUUACAUUGGUUUGCGCGAAACAUGAAUUGUAUGAAGGGUGGAAAUCAUUUUUUGUCAAGCCAUCCAACGUGGAACAACUAAACGCAUUAAGGAACAUGGUUCAUAAAUUUGAACUAGAUUUCAUUUCACACCCGACUGUACAUACAGCAGCUGUGGUCGUGGUCAAACCACCACACCAACAUGGCUUCCUCACCAUCCUGGCUGAAGAGGAUAUUGAACAUUGGAUUCAUGUUGAAGACGUCAAAGCUCAGCUCGCCUUCGAUGAUCAGCUUAUUGAAGCUCAACAUACGACGAAGCGUUCUAUCGGCACCGAAGGGAUUACCUACGAAAAUUAUCAGCCAUUAGAAAUUAUCUACGAAUAUCUGGAGACAACAGCACAGAAAUACAACGAGACAGUCACCAUAGUGACACCCGCUAACUCCUUCGAAGGUCGUCCAAUCAAGUACUUGAAGGUUUCCAAAGACAACUUCAGAAGUAACAAACCUGUUAUCUUCAUCGAUGCAUGUAUCCAUGCUAGAGAGUGGAUAACUAUACCUGCUGUGACGUAUGCGAUCCAUAAACUGGUUGAAAAUGUGACUGAGCCUGACCUACUGGAGAACUUUGACUGGAUACUGUUACCAGUGGUUAACGCUGAUGGCUACAAAUACUCCUAUGACGUUGAACGUCUAUGGCGAAAAACUCGUUCCACCGAUCAACAUGUAUUAGGCACAAUUUGCCCCGGUGUUGAUGGGAAUAGAAACUACAACUUCUCCUGGAACUCUGCUGGGUCUGGCAAAAACCCUUGCAGUGACCAGUUCGCAGGCAGCAAACCUUUCUCUGAAAUCGAGACCAGAGUUGUGGAUGGUAUACUGAAGGAGCAUAUCCAUAAAAUUGCUUUAUAUAUCUCGAUGCACAGUUUUGGCAGCAUGAUUUUAUAUCCUUGGGGACAUGAUGGUACUAUAUCCAAGGAAGAGUCAAUCCUUCAUGAUGCUGGCAUCAAAAUGGCUGAUGAAAUAUUCCAAUCAUCAACUUUGCAGUUCCCAAAAUAUAAGGUUGGGAAUUCUGCUAUCCUUCUCGAUUAUACAGCGUCCGGAGCAUCAGAUGAUUAUACUCAUUCUUUAGGUGUGCCUUUAACCUAUACUUUUGAACUGCCAGGUUUUGAUUUGGAUGGGAGUGGGUUUAUUUUAAACCCGAAGUAUAUUAAGCAGGUUUCGGUUGACACUUGGGCAGGAGUUGUCACAGGUGCGAGAGAGGCGGGCAAAAUAUUCACAAUAACUUGA